AUGCCCCCGCCACAGUCAAGCAGGUCGCCCCCUCAAACUCCCCCGGUUGAACCAGGCAAUCACAGGGCCGCGAAAAGGGGGAUUCAGUCACGACCUUCCGUACGAGAGACCUUCUUGGACGAUUUCAAUCCAGCCGAUAACACCAAUGAAAGCGAUGAAUCAGGCGAUGAGCGCGACCCACAUGACCUGUCGCUUUCUCCGAAACAUGCAGCUCGCACCUCGAUUGUGGAUAACAUGCUCUUGUCACUAGACCAAUUUGCUUCUGGUUCUCUGCUGGACGACUAUCGCUUGUUCAACUCGGUCUUUGAGACCGAUCUAUGUGGCAAUGGUUCGCCGGAGUCUAUAGCUCAACGCCGGUAUCGGGGCCACACUUUCUCUUCCUCUGUUUCCUCAGAGGUAGAAUGUACGUACGAUGAGAGCACUGGGCGCUACGCAACACAGCCGGCGAGAAGCCGUCGAAGCAACAGCAGCUCGAACUAUCAUGCCAGCCUACAAAGAUACGGCAGCACUCGUAGUCGGGAAGGGACUGGCUCCCGCGGUCAACUGUACGAUUUUAGAGCCAGUUCGAAUAUUGCAUCCCCGGCGAAUAUCCGAGUUUCUCGGAGUGGGAAUCGAGGCAGUUCGUCACCCCCGGCAGAGCUGAAUUCUUCAGUGCAGCUCGGACGGAUCGACGCGACCGGCGAGAGACGAUCCGCGAGUUUCGACUUCGGUAGCAGACAGCCAUUCAUCUCCUUUCCAGAUCUUGUCUAUGACCUGGACUCCUCUUCAUAUGGAGCGCUCGAUGCAGCACCGACGCCGAGUGUCCCCGGUGGACCAAGCAGAUCCCAUUCGUCGCCGCAGGCCGGAUAUGCAGACCCCCUGAAUCUCCAACAAUCCCGGACAACACCCAUGGCAUCGCGCCGAAACAGCGUCAAGUCCCCACGGUCGAACACUAGUCGAAAAGCUCGACCGGAAAAUCUGGGCACAACAACAAUUCGGAGCCAUCAUUCAGAUCUGAACAACCUCGGGGAAAGCGGACUCGAACUUCCGCCGACGAUCCCUGCAUCUCUCGACCCGCCGGCGCCCAGCCCAACCAUUUCCUUCAACAAGCCAAUCUUCACCGCGCCACCCGACCCCGCUCCAGCAGCCAAAGAACGGCCGGGGUUCUUCCGGCGUGUGUUUGGCUCCGCAAGGGUGUCGACCGCUACUUCAAGCGAGUACAGCCAUUCCGACCACGUCUUUACCCCAGAAAGCGACUACAAAGAUUUCAGUGGACUAGGGACCAAUGUCAGGGGCUGGAGACAGCCUUUAAAAAAUAGUGCACCGGGGAUCAAUUCGCAUCGCGAAGCAGCAACGCACCAGGUGGUGACCAAAAAGUCUUCUUUCUUCCGUCGGCGCAAGAAGUCCGUGGCUGAAAGUGCUCCUCCUCCCAUAUUUUCUCCUCCAGAGCUCACUGGCCAGCAUCGCAUACUAGAACCAGCCAAGUUGGAGGCUAUCUCAGUAAGCAGUGUUGGGAGAGGAAUGACCCCUUCGUCCGCUAUCGACCCCGGCAGUAGACCCUUGGACCUGCGCCCAACUGCGGAGACCCAAAAACGAGGAGGUUCGCCGCCGCCAAAUCAGAGAGGAAGCUUAGUCACAGCCACCCCGGGGCCUCCAAAGGCCAAAUACAGCCUUUACCCUACGGUUCCGCCGAGCAGCAACACUCCGGAGACCUCAUACCUGUGCGCCAAUGAUGGUGGGGAUGAUGAGUCAACUAUCAAAUCAAGCGGCUCGGAUCAGCGACAGGAACAAGAUCAACCACGGCUUGCAACAGACUUGGACUCGAACAGUAAGGAAGUAGAUCCCGGUUUGGAUCCUCGCCGUGCUCUUCAGACCAAGCUGAAACCUGAGACAAAGCUGAAACCUGAGGAUAACCCCGUUUCGUCGCUCUCGCCUGUGGUUGAGAGUUUUGCUCCGACGGGUGCCGCCUUCGUGGAGAAGCUUGACGAUAUAUCCCAGAUUCAGAAGCCAUCGGUGUUGACUGAGACGCCGCAUGAACCGGAUCCCACCGAGGUGGACAGAAGUACUGCUGAGAUGGGGAACAACAUGUCUGCCGCUGCGGCUGGCAUGAAUGGAUCCGCGCGGGCAUCAACUUUGGAGACCUCAAAUUACUACACAGCUUCAGAAGCCCCCACCACACUGUCAACUGAACCACAGCUCAUAGAUCCUCUCGGAGAGGAGUCCGAUCGUUUACUUAGUCCCAAUAGCGACGACCCGACCGACUCCGACCGGGAGCAAGCGAGGAUGUUGUACGAUAGUCAAGAACAAGUGGUCGGCAACGAGCCUGCCGCUGCAUGGCUCGGGGACCCCGAUCGUGCUGCGAUACGCAAAGCGUACAUGGAGCUUUUCGAUUGGUCCAACCUCAACAUACUGGCGGCCCUGCGAAGUCUUUGUACUCGGCUGGUGCUGAAAGGUGAAACCCAGCAGGUGGAUCGAGUUCUCGAUGCCUUUUCCACUAGGUGGUGUGCGUGUAACCCCCGCCAUAGCUUCAAAGCCGCAGACGUUGUGCAUACAAUCUGUUACUCACUUCUCCUGCUGAACACCGAUCUACAUCUUGCCGAUAUUGAGCAGAAGAUGACCAAGACUCAAUUCGUCCGGAAUACGAUGCCGACAGUCCAUCGUGUGGCUGCCGAAGCCGCCCCUGAUGGGGUUGCUGGUGGUAAGUCGAGAGCCUCAACGCAGGAUCUAAUUUCACCCACAACCGAUCACGACCGAGGCUUCAUGGACAUAGAUAAGGCCGCCAACCAGCCGGCAAAGCUAAUCAACCGGCUGUCUCGGACGGAUUUGUCUGCAAAGCAUGCAAUUGAUCCCGAUACCGAAACUGGCCCACUAGUCAAUACACCCUUUACCGGGUCGAUGAGGGUAUGGGAACAACAGGUGGAGGCUGUUCUCCGGGAUUUCUAUUCCUCAAUCCAGAAGCAGAAGCUCCCUUUGUAUGGCGCUUCGAUGGAGAAGGAAGGGCCGCGGCCUUCAGCUCACAACUUGCUUGGUCCUCAUACCAGUGGACUCCGCCGAAGUCCUAGUACCGUGAGUAGAAGUGGCUCUGACAUCUACCCUCGCGGUCGCUCUGCCGACUCCCGUUAUGGGACUGCGCGGUGGUCAUCUAAACCCCGUUCGCGGGCGAGGUUAUACCCUCCGUCUACCAUGGGAUCCAGUCGAACCAGCUUGGACGAUCAGGCAUCGCUUUGGAGCCCUUCCGCGUCAAGUACUUGGAGUAAGUACUCCUCGGGCAAGUUGACUUCCGCAUCAGUAGAUUCGUUCGGAUCAGACUAUCCGCGUGGGGACUAUCAGCAGUCGAUAGGAUUCGCCAAUGCGCUAAGUCAGGCCAUUAUCCGUGAAGAUUCGGCCCACUCGAUUACCAGUAUAGAAGAUGCCGAGAGGGACACCCCGCUUCUAGAGGAUGAGACUUUACAACUGGCUGGUGCUCCAUGGGCCAAGGAAGGCAGCUUGAAGCAUAAGCAUCACCUGGACUCGGUUGAUAAGAGGGCUAAGGAUCGAAACUGGAACGAAUGCUUUGCUGUCAUCCAACAAGGCUGGAUGCGCCUGUUUUCAUUCAACGCCUCUGUGAAAGGCGCCCGGCAGAAGCCCAAACAGCGCCACCCAGGAGGGGUGGUGGUGGGAGGUGGAAACUGGACAGAGAACGCCGAAGAGAUGUGGAAGUUUCUCCUACGUCAGACCAUUGCCAGCGCUCUACCACCGCCCGGCUACUCGAAGUCUCGUCCCCAUGUCUGGGCUCUAAGUCUCCCCACUGGCGCUGUACAUCUCUUCCAAGUAGGAACGCCGGAGAUUGUGCGCGAAUUUGUAUCAAGUGCCAAUUAUUGGAGCGCCAGACUGUCCAAGGAGCCUUUGAUCGGCGGAAUCAGUAACAUAGAGUACGGCUGGAGCGAUGCCGUCAUCAAUAGCGCUCUCAUCACGGCCGAGAGCAGUCGAACGCCACCUUCCUCGUCUGGGGCUCGCCCCAGCAUUCAAAGUUCGAUCCGGAGCUCAAUUGAUCAACAAGGCAUUCGACCUCGAUUGCCAGCCGAUCGCGUGCUUAUCAGCGAUUGGGCCCCUCCGCAGCAAAGUAUGGUGGCCUCGGCACUUCCAGAGGCUGACCAACUGAAAGCUCUGCAGGCAUAUGUCAAGAAUGUUGAAGACGAGCUGCAGCGGCACAAUGAACUCCGCUCUGCCAUGAUUCUGGCCUUCUCGCCGCGCCAUCCCAACGCUGGCAAAGCACUAGCCAAUUGGGAGCGAAAGUCCUCGUAUCUCCUACGUGAAAUUGUGAAGUUUCGUACAUAUAUCGAUUCACUUUCAGGCGCACUGGAGCAGAAGAAUCGGAUUUAUGCAGCCCGCGAAGAGGCCCCUGCUGAAGAGUAA